AUGUCUCGUGGAGUUCAGUUCAGUGAUGAUCAGAUUGCAGAGUUUCAGGAGGCCUUUGUUUUGUAUGACAAACGUGGAGAUGGAAAAAUCCCCGUUUCUCAAAUAGGUGAUGUUAUGCGUGCGCUUGGACAGAACCCGACCGAGUCUGAAGUGAAGAAGCUUGUCGUUGAGCAUAAGGCAGAUGAUAGGGUCACCUUCGAGGUCUUCCUCCCGAUUAUGCAGGCGAUCUGUGGUCGUAGUUCUACUGAUACUAGUGAUGAUUUCAUUGAAGGACUGAGACAUUUUGACAAGGACGGGAACGGUUUUAUCACUAGCGCUGAGCUCCGUCAUCUCCUGACUACCCUUGGAGAGAAACUAUCUGACGAGGAGGCAGAACAGCUCCUUGCAGGUCAGGAGGAUAGCAAGGGAAACAUCAACUACGAGAACUUCGUUAGAACAGUCAUGAACGGAUAA